GUCUGAGCUCAAAAUCAGCCGUAUCAAUGCAGUAGUACCCAUUUCGACUGGGAUAUAAGGACUUUUCCAAGCACUACUCAGGAGUGAAACAAUCUUGAAGGAUACCUUCCUUGCUAUCAUCUGGGACGGCACCUUGUUUUGCUCAGGCGUCAAUCCAAACAUGACACAACGAGUUUGCUGGUUCACAUUAGGCUGGUGAAAUAACACACCAAUCCUGUAGAAACCACGUGUACUGCGCAAGGCUGGACAGGUAGAGAGAUGCAGUAAAAGUGCCGGACCUGGUAACCGUCAACAAACUGGGACUGGACAACCGCAAACAGCAUGGAGACUGACGCAGAGGAACCAGGUUGGCAUGGACCUGACUGCACAAUUCAUGCAUGGAACUCCUCUUCAGCUCCCUCGCUUGAAAACAGUGGAUUGAACGGUUCGUACGGUGGCGGAUCGUAUUUCUGGCUGCUCCAGAACAGCUCGGCAGGGACCACUAACGCUCCGCUUGCAGCCAGGGUGCGGGACAUGGCGCUGGCGCAGGCGGAGAUUGGCGUCCUGAGCCUGGUCUUGGCGCUCACCACGCUGAGCAACAGCUUUGUGUUGUGGGUUCUGCUGCGGAGGCGCAAGCACAACGCUCCCAUGCACCUUUUCAUGGUUAACCUCUGUGUGGCUGACUUGGUGGUCGCCUUUUUUCAGGUUCUCCCUCAGCUGGUGUGGGAUAUUACAGAGAGGUUCCAGGGGCCGGACGUGCUGUGCCGCUCGGUGAAAUACAUGCAGAUCGUGGGCAUGUUUGCAUCCUCCUACAUGAUAGUGGCUAUGACAGUGGACCGCCAUUACGCCAUAUGCUGCCCCCUUCAGGCCUACAGACUAGGGGCAAUCUCACGCUGGAACACACCCAUCAUGGUGGCCUGGGGUCUGUCUCUUGUGCUUAGUGUACCGCAGCUGUUCAUUUUCUCCAGGUCUGAAGUAGCUCCAGGAGAGUUUGAGUGUUGGGGACACUUCGCUGAGCCAUGGGGUCUGAAAGCCUACGUGACAUGGAUGACUCUGGCUGUCUUCAUCCUUCCUACCUUGAUCAUCACAGUGUGCCAGGUAACUUUGACCCAACUGCAUUCCUCCCAGGUGCGAAUUUUCAGGGAGAUCCAUGACAACAUCUACCUGAAGUCGAAGCGGGUGGUGUCAGCUGACUCGAAGAAAAAUGUAGUCAUCUUCCGCAUGCCCAGCCUGCGAAGUCAGAACGACAAAACAAGAGAACUGGAGAGAGGAAGAGGAUCCAUGUUGAGAGAUUCUCGAAGAGGAUUCCAUCGAAGGAACAAGAGUGACUCAUCCCAGUCAUACUGCAAUGCCCGCAACUCCCGGCAUGCACUGGAGACAGACUGCUGUGACUGUCCCUUUUUCUGUCCCACUCAGUCCCCUGAUGUACUGCCUCACACACUCUCCAACGCACACGUUCCCAUAAAUCAGGGCAACUCAGAGGCUCAUAUGAGCUCUGGUCCGCUUCCUGAAGGUGCUGCUGAUUAUUAUCGGACUUCCCUGGAUAACUCUGAGCCCUACGCUCAGUCAUUUGAGGCCCCUAUGGAGAUUUGCAAGCCAGUCCCGCUUGUCCGGGUUUCGCAGUCCAUUUCGCGCCCCGUGACGCCUCCACCUCCAGGUGUAUCUAGAGCGAUGUCCAAAACACUGAGGAUGACUCUAGUCAUAGUGCUGGUUUAUACCGUGUGCUGGUUACCCUACUUCACAGUGCAGCUCUGGGCUGCUUGGGACCCAAAUCCACCUGAAAACGGGGUGGCCUUUACUAUCCUGAUGCUGCUGGCCAGCUUGAACUCCUGCACGAAUCCCUGGAUCUACACAGCCUUCUCCAGCAGUGUCUCUCGUGAGCUUGUCUCCCUUUUGCAUUGCCGGCCUCGAAUCGCCCGCAGGGGCUCCCUACCUGAAGACUCCAGUGCCAUACACACUACCAGCACCAGCAAGGACUACCCGUUCUGAGCCACUCACACAUGUGUGUUACACGUGCGGGCAGAUUAUCAGAUGUAUUACAGCCAAGCAGCAGAAAAAAGCAGAUGAGAUAUGGGGCCUCAACAAGAGAUUUGCUGUUGGGAGAUAUUGCACCGGGGGCACGGUGGCUUGGUGGUUAGUACAUUUGCCUCGCGCCUCUGGGAUUGGGGGUUUGGUUUCCUCCCACAGUCCGAAGACAUGUGUUGUAGGCUGCCUGCCAUUUCCAAAUUGUCUGUAGUGUUUGAAUGUGUGCAGUUGUGCCCUGCGAUGGGUCCGUCCAGGGUGUCCCCUGAGUCCCCUGGGAUAGGCUCCAGGCUCCCACACAACCAUGCAUAGGAUAAGCGUUAUGGAAAAUGGAUGGAUGGAUGGAUGGAUAUUGCCCUUAGCGUAGCUGAAGCUACCUGAGUGAUUGGAACGAGCACAUUGUGGACUCCACCACACUGGCCAAGUGGGACAUGAAGAACAUGUAAACUUAUAAAUGUUAUAUAAUGUCCAUAAAAACAUGAUGAUACUUGAGAUGUUUCAGUCUAAACUCAUGAAGAGCAUAUACUUACUCCUCCAACACUAAACGAAAUGACGUUUCAAAGAACUAGAAACAUGUACUGUAUAUACAAGACGUUUUAUCAAAUCGAAGAACCCUUGAGCCAAGUGCAUGUGAAGUCUGCUUGAGAAUUCUUGAUGGAAAAGGAGGAAGCCUGCGCCCCAGACGUUCCCUAGCAUCAUUUAUCAUUCCGUUGUUCUUCCUUAUCAGUCUUUCUGCUACGAAAUCUCGCUUUUGAGCUUGAUGGAAAGCAUCAGUGCGAAGAAUGAGUCAUGCAUGGAAACUCCAUCAAAAAGACAACUUCAAAACUGUGAGAAAGUGGUGGCAAUGAAUGAUGCACAAAUGUGAAAAACAGGAAAUGAAUGGACACAGGGGAAUAUAUAAUAUAAUAAUAUGAGGGGGGGGGGGGCAACAUAACACACAAGUUACAAGUACACGUACUUAAGUCAUCAGGGAUUUUUUUAUUUUUGAAAAAGCAUACAGGACACGAAGUCAUCAGGGAUAAUGAGGCUUUAAUCACAGAUCGUUUUACAAAUAUGGUAGCAGUGUUGUGCUAAUUUAGCAAACGUAGUAUUACACGGGACCUAUAGCUCGACUGUUUUGGUGACAUCUAUAGGAGCAAAUGUAGAAUGCUCCUUUCAUAUACACACACUGAUUCUCUGUUUAUGAUAUUAAGGACCAAUCAGCCUUUCUCGACUUCAUCUAAAUGAAGCUAGGUUUCAAGCAAGUAAAGGAAUAACAAUGUCAGAACAACAGAAGUGCCUUAAAUGUCACUGCAGCCAAAAAGCAAGCGCAAUCACCUCUUUCAGAGAUUCCUCCUUCCCUGGCGGUCAUGUUCUCCAGUUGAAUCUGUAAUAGCACAAAUCUCAUAAUCGAAGCCCAGCAACUGCAUGUUAGACAUUAAAAACUUCCCCCAUUUACCAGGUGUGUGAAUGGAUUUCCAGAGCAUUCUAGAGAUGUUUUUGAAAAUUGAUAUUGUAAUUUAUUAAAGUGCAAUAAAUGUAUGUAAACAUGUCAUGUUGUUAUAUAAUGUUACAUCAUUUGUGGAUGGGAAAUGGUGACAUACAAUAAUAAUAAAAACUUUCUGGGGGAAAAAAUAACGACCAAAUCAUUUUUAUCUGAAUGGGGAAAAUCAUACAUGUGCAAGACAGGUUCUUGUUCCUCUAAAGUCUGCUCAGAUCUGAUAUAAAGUAUGCACACUGACCAGUUUAUUAGGAGCACCUACAGUGCUGUGAAAAAGUAUUCACUCCCGUCCUGAUUUCUUCUGUUUUUGUGUGUAUCUCGUACUAAAUAGUUUUUGUUCGUCAGACGAAAUACAACAUAAAACAAAGGCAACCUGAGUACACACUCAAUAUAGUUUUCAUUUAUUUAUUUAUUAAAGCCAAAAAAAGAGAGAAGUUAUCCAACACCUAUCACCAAUGUGAAAAACUAAUUGCCCCCUUAAACUUAAAAUCUGGUUGUGCUACUUUUAGCAGCAACAACUGCAAACGCUUCCACUAACUGGAGACCAGACUUUCACUUACUUCUAGGACUAGGACUUACUCCUAGGCUUUAGAUGAUUGUCUUGCUGCACAAUCCAGUUGCACUUGAGUUUCAACUUACGGACUGAAGACCGGACAUUCUCCUUUAGGAUUUUCUGGUACAGAGCAGAAUUCAUGUUUCCCUCAGUUAUUAAAAAAGUUAUAAAAGUUGCCCAGAACCUGAAGCAGCAAAGCAUCCCCACACUAUCACACUUCCACCACCAUGCUUGACCGUCAGUAUGUUCUUUUUGUGGGAUUCGGUGUUUGGUUUAUGCCAGAAAUAACAGGACCCCUGUUGGUAACAGUUCCACUUUCGACUCAUCAAUCCACAGAACGUUCUCCCAAAAGGUUUGAGGAUCAUCAAGGUGUGUGUUGGCGACAUUCAGACGAGCCUUAAUGUUGUUCCGGGUUAGCAGUGAGUUUUCACCUCGCCACACUUCCAUGGACGCCAUUUUUGCCCAGUGUCUUUCUGAUAGUGGAGUCAUGAACAGUGACCUUUAUUGAUGUAAGAGAGGCCUGUAGUUCCUUUGAUGUUGUCCUCGGCUCUUUUGUGACUUCCCAGAAGUAACCCUUCCCAGACUGACGUCUUCAAUCAGCUUCUUCCUCAUCAAUUCUGGAAUUUCUUUCUUUGGCAUAAUGUGUUACUGGGUAAAAUCUUUUAACCAACUCCAUGCUGUUGAUAAAGUUCUAUUUAAGUGUUGAUGUGAUUGAACAGGGUUUGCAGUGAUCAGGUCUUUGUGUCUAGUCCAGUUGAACCCCGUUAUCAAUGCAGUUUCAUAGUUUUGUGGAAUUAGUAACUACAGAGCAAAUACAUUUUCACACAGGCCCAGUUGGUAUUGGAUAACUUUUUUUGCUUCAAUAAAUGACUAUCAUUUGCAAACUGUAUUUUGUGUUUACUCGG